CGUUGAAGGUUGAUUAGUAGAAGGUUGGGUCACUAGUGCAAUACUACUACUCUUGUUAAUUAUAUCCAAUAUAAAGGACUGCUCAGUGUAGCAGUAGCACAGCACCAGUUAUGGAGCUUUCACCACAUGUACAAGAGAAGCUGCACUCAGGGCACAAGCUUACUGCUGUAGUUGAAGCUGGACUUGUGCAAGAAUUUAUCAAGACGACACGUGUAGUAGCACUGAUCGAAGUAACAACACAGGAGGUGAAGCAGGGUGGAGAACAGGCUCUACUAAUCUUCCAGACUGCACGGGUACCAGUUCACAGUGCAAUUGAUCUCAGCAUUGAGCAGGUUCUUCCUAUAGACACCAAUCUCAAAUGUGAAAUUGGCACAGAUACAUCAAGUACAGAUGUUGACACUGACGUUCUGGUGAAUAUCACUUCAGGCAAAGUUCGGUUAUUGUUUGAAAUGCCAUUCAGUCAAAGGACAAAUACCUUUGUCUCAGAAGUUUUAAGAGCUGCUGAAGUUAUUAGCAAGCGUCGUGGUCCUCCUCCUGAGUUCACGUGGCUGUUGCCUUAUCAUCAGAAUUCACCCAAUGAUACCAGCAGUGCGAGAGACUCAGGAAGUACGGGGCCGACUACACCAGCCAGUGGUCCUCUGGACAGUUUGGCUCCUGAUGCAAUCAGCCCGGAUGAUGUUAGUGUGGAUGUAGCCCAGGUCCCACCUUCACCCUACCUUGAUCCUGCUAUCAGUAAUACAGACAGCAAUAGUUUGCAUCAUGACAGUGAAAGAAGCCCAGAUUUGGGAGUUAAUCGGCAUAACAUUGCCACAGGAAUUUCUCCAACGCCUAUUGCUGCCAGGGAGAGUCAUAUUAGACAUCAGAUGGCUCUUCGGGAGGAUUCCUAUACAGAUAUUCAUAAUUUUACGGUGUUUGCAGGCACAUGGAAUGUGAAUGGUCGAUCACCAACAGUUGGGCUGGCUGAAUGGUUGUCUGUUGAUGAAGACCCUCCAGAUGUAUAUGGUAUAGGCUUCCAGGAACUUGACCUUAAUACUGAAACAUUUCUCUUCAAUAACACUCCCAAAGAACAAGAAUGGCUGAAUGCAGUGCUGAAUGGUAUCCACCCAAAAGCAAAGUAUCAGAAAGUUCGUUUGGUACGCCUUGUGGGCAUGAUGCUCAUUGUCUUAGUGCAAGAAAAGCACUUGGCUUAUGUACGCAAUGUUGCUACUGACACAGUGGGCACAGGCAUUAUGAACAAGAUGGGGAACAAAGGAGCUGUGUCUGUGAGGCUAGAUUUACAUAGCACUUCCAUUUGCUUUGUCAAUGCUCACUUGGCAGCGCAUCAAGAGGAGUUGGAGCGGAGGAACGAAGACCACGAUUGUAUAUUUCAACGAACAUGUUUCCACUUAAAUAUAAACAGCCCACCAAAGACCAUAAAAGACCAUGAGCAUAUAUACUUCAUUGGAGACAUGAACUACAGAAUAAAUAUGUGUGAUGUCAACAUCAGAGAGGUUGCCAAGAGUGGACAGUUCAAGAUUCUCGUUGAAAAUGAGCAACUAACACAACAGCGAAACUUGAAGCGCAUAUUUCACAAAUUUAAAGAAGGCGAUAUUAAUUUUAAACCCACGUUCAAGUAUGACGUUGACAGUGAUGAAUGGGAUUCUAGUGAGAAAGCAAGGUUACCAGCAUGGUGUGACCGAAUCCUAUGGUACGGGAAGGCACAGCAUGUUUAUCGUUCACAUCCAGCACUGAAGAUUAGUGACCACAAGCCUGUUAGUGCACUCUUCCAGGCAGGGAUUAAGGUAAUUGACACACGGCGAUACCGACGCAUCUAUGAGGAAGUGAUGAAAAAGCUUGAUAAGCUUGAGAACGAAUUCUUGCCUCAGGUAACCAUAGAUACCACAGAGAUUAUACUGGAGCCUGUGAGGUUUCUUCAGCCACAAACAAAAUACCUCACAAUUGCUAAUACUGGACAGGUGCCAGUACAAUUUGAGUUCAUUAAAAAGUUAAAUGAUACCAGUUACUGCAAGCCAUGGCUCUCUAUCAGACCAUAUGUAAACUUCAUUAUGCCAGGUGAUAAAUGUGAUGUUGCUUUAGAAGUGUUGGUGGAUAAGCGGACAGCAGCACAGCUUAACUCGGGAGCAGAUAAACUUUAUGAUAUUUUAGUGCUUCACCUGGAAGGUGGUAAAGACCUCUUUAUUACUAUAACAGGUGACUACGAGAGAAGUUGCUUUGGAUCAUCCAUUAAUGCUCUUGUUCAUAUGAAUAAGCCUUUCAGAGAAGUUCCUAUGGCUAAAUUGAUUGACUUGCCUCUCCUUAUGCAGGAAAGUAAACAGCCCAAGGACUUGAGUGAGAUGCCUUAUGCCGUACCAAAAGAACUUUGGUAUUUAGUUGACCACCUCCACUCGCAUGCCCUUCAAGUUGAGGGUCUUUUUACUUACCGUGGCCUUCAGAAGGAAAUUGUCGACAUCAGAACUGCCUUGGAUGAAGGUGUUCCAAAUGACCUCCUGCCAGGAAGUGUUCACUCAGUUGCAGAAGCUCUGUUACUCUUCUUGGAAGCAUUACCAGAGCCAGUCAUCCCCUACAACCUUUAUCAUGCUGCCCUUGAUGCGACACCAAACUUUUCUCUUUGCAAGGAUAUUAUAUACAAGCUGCCUGAUUAUCAUCGCAAUGUAUUCACUUAUUUGAUGGCAUUCCUGAAAGAGCUUUUGAACCAUUCUGAGGACAACAACCUUGAUGCCAAAACUCUUGCUCUAGUUUUUGGUAGCAUACUACUGAGAGAACCAUCAAAUUCAGCAACAGACCGCUGAACAUCAGCUCAAGCAGUGGAGAGGAAGAAGCAGACUUUUGUCCAUCACUUUCUUAUGAAUGAUUAUGAAUAAUGCAAAUACAGUGCAAUAUACAGUAUAUUAUAACUUUUUUAUAAUUCGUGGUGGACACAGGGCCUGCCAUUUAUUAAUGCAGUUUAUGCUUGCAAUCAUUUAGUAUUAUUAUCUUGAGUCUUGUUGAAAAUCUAGUCUUUAUUGUGUUCUUGUUUGUGUAGCCCUACAAUACUUGGUAUUGUGAACUGACUUGACUAUAUUUUGGAGGAUUUAAAUGGAGUUGAAUAUCGUAAUUAAUUAUUCAUCAGGUAAACUUAUUUAUAGUAGCACCUCAUGUGCUGAUUCAUUUGAUUGCUUGAUUAGUGAUAAUAAUUGAAAGAGAUGUUUCUUUCUUAAGGAUUUAUUUUAACUACUAGAUUUCCCUACCAAAUGCCAUAUGAACCAUAUCUAGCUGCUCAUUCUUCAGUCAUCCAUAAUUCACCCUUGUUAUUACAUGUCCAUUCUAAUGUAAAUUUCACCUCCUUUACUACAUAUUUACUUUGAAUUACAUUACUCACUUCAAGAUUACUGUUUGUAGUAAAGGUAAAAAUAUUUGAAAUUUCUAGUUUUAUACAUAAUGACAUUUCAUAUUUUGUUUCUUUGUGUAUGAUAAGAAGGAUCAGUUAUAUAAAUACUGUUAUGGUUAGAAUUGUAUAGAUUAUAAGCCUAUGAUCAGUCAGGGAAGCACGAAAUCGUAAAAUUUAUCUCUUUUGUGAAUUGUUUACUAGAGGCCUCACUCUUCAUACUAGAUGUAAUGAAUUAUAGGCUUCAUAUUACAUCUUUAGUUUGCUGUAUUUCACCCUAGAAUAUGAUUUAAACCCAAAUGGAAUUCCAGCCAAUAGAAAAAUCUUUAUAAACAAGCUUAAAAAUUGAACAUGCGUGAGGCAGUAGGUUAACAUGAUUUAACAUAUGAAACAGUCUCAUUGUGCUGUGAAACUUUGGCUAAAAUGAUGUAGAGGAAAUAAUAUGGUAAUGAGCAUUAAACUCGGAUCUCUUUUUAGUAUUUUGAUAAGUGAAAUGUUUAAUUCCCUGUGAAUCUCCAAAGAAAUUGAAUAUAUUUAUUUCUCUAGUUACAAUAUAACGGGUGAUUUGUUUGCCGAGUUAUUUAUUAAGUACAGUACAUAUUACCCUAUAUUAUCAGUAAUUCCUUGCUAAUGUUAGGUCACUUGGUAAAAAAAAUAUACCCUGUAUAUAACUUUAAUGAAUUGAAUUUUAUCAGAGUUCAUCAUAUGAGAAGAAGGAAUUAGAUUUUGAAGAUAAAAAAAUGGAUACCAACACCCCAAAGUAUGACUGUGUGAUUAAAAGUAUUUGAUUUCUAGAUUGGAAAAUACAGGGACCAGGUAGACCUCGAUUAUCACAAAUUAGAUUUAUCACAAUUUAAUUUUUAUGACCAAAAUAUUUGAAUAUUUUAACAUGUCUUAAUUUUUUGCAGUGCUGUUAUAAGAUAAAAUGAAAACCAUUCCCAACACCCUUCUAGAGGGCAAAGAUAUGUCAUUUGGUAGAGAGGCAUGAAAGAGAGAGAACAUAUAUAGGGUGACCCAGAAAACUGUCCCUGCCUCCUCCCUCCCUCCCUUGCCUGCCCCCUCCCUGCCUGCUCUCUGAGACACUGUGAGUUGAGGAGGGAGGCAGGGACAUUUUUCUGGGACACCCUAUAUAUGUGUGUGCCUUUCAAUAGAUGAUUCAUUACUGCAACUUCUAUAAUUCCUUUAUGCAUUCUUACAUUUAUUACUUACUUAUAGUUUUAAUUUCAUAAGAGUGGUAGAAAUGGGUGUAGGUGGUGGUGGCAGGUGGUCACAUGAGGAUUGGACAUGAGAAGAACAUGCAUAUGUGUCUCAGUUAUAGUUUGUAUUAUAUUUUAUAUAAAUUUGUAUGUAUUUAAUUUUUUUUUAAUUAUUUAACUUUAUAUUGUGCUAUAUUUCAUGUACAUUUGUAUGUAUGUCAUGGUUUUAUUGAUGUAUAAGUCAUGUUGUAUGAGGAAUCAGCCCAAGUACAGUAAACACUCCCAAUACCGGACUAAUUUGUACAAGUUCUAUCCCUUAUUGGGAGAAUUCCCUUAAGGGAGGGUUUCCUCCCCUCUCUGUUUAAACAUAAAAUAAGUCAAUACAA